UCGGGCAACGGCGGCUGCUUUAAAUUCUGGCCCCGAUGCCGGUAUUGAAGUUUUGAGAGUUAAUAGAAACGAUUGUGUUUAUUCGGUGUAAAACUUAGUACCUUUUGAUGUUUUCGCCUACCAUCCUGCUUCUGGAUGAACUGAAUAAUGACGACAAAGCAGCUGGCUGAGCAGCUUGGCUUAAUAAGAAGACGCUCAUCAGUUUCUGUUAAAGGCAACGAAAAACCUAAAUUGAAUCAGUAUUUCUCAUACCUAAUUAUUAUUGAUUUUGAGUCCACCUGCUGGAAAAAUGGCAAGUCUCAUUAUCAUCCAGAAAUAAUUGAAUUUCCUGCAGUAUUGCUCAACACUUCCAGUGGAGAGAUUGAGGUUGAGUUUCACACUUACGUUCAACCUCAGGAACAUCCAAUCCUGUCAGCGUUUUGUACAGAUUUAACUGGAAUUAAGCAGUGUCAGGUUGAAGCUGGAGUUCCCCUAGCAAUAUGCCUUUCACAGUUUUCCCGUUGGAUUCAGAAACUGCAGCAGGAGAAGAACAUUGAUUUUGUGAAGGGGGGACCUCAGCUGUGCACUCCUGACUCAAAAACCUGCACUUUCGUAACUUGGUCAGAUUGGGAUCUGGGAGUGUGCCUGCACUAUGAAUGUAAAAGGAAACAACUCAGAAAACCGAGUGUUUUGAACAGCUGGAUUGAUCUCCGAGCAACUUACAAGUUGUUUUAUAACCGGAAGCCAAAGGGUUUAAAUGGAGCUUUGCAAGACCUGGGCAUUGUCUUUUCAGGACGUGAACACUCUGGCUUGGAUGAUGCCCGCAACACUGCUCGUCUUGCUUGGCGAAUGAUCUGUGAUGGCUGUACCAUGAAAAUCACUAAAUCGUUGGACAGGGUUGCCCCCAUGAGAAAUUUAAUCGCAAGAUUACCAACUGUAAACCCUGUUCCAGGAGGCAAAACCUCUCAAGCAACUCCCUUUUCUGAAGACCCAGACAACGGGCGUAGAGUUAGCUUGUUUCCUGAAAAUGAUACUCUUAACAAAAGGACGGCUGAAAUCAAGCAUGUGGUUGCACACCAUGAACGUAAAGUCACAAUUAAUCAACAUAAACCAGUUUUGCCAACUUUGACUAAAACUGGUCGGCAACAUAUGGGGACCAUUGAUUGUAGAAAUGGAAACAAUGGAAAUGCUCAUUAUCAGAAUUUAAUAUCCCCCAGGACUCUAAUCAAUGGGCUUUCUACUUCUAUUGAUCAUAGUAAAGAACAGAAACUUCAAGUUAAUGUUAAAAAUAUUGCCAUGAGCGCUGAAGAAACUAAACCCAAUGGGAGUGUAUGCAAUCUGUUGCUUGUAUCUACCACUGUUGACUCAGUCACCAGUACUUCUAAUCUGAAUGUUAGUUGCUCAGAGUCUGGCAGCCCCUGGGAAUAUUGGGAAGAUUCUGCCAUGUUACCUCUGUCAGGUAAUGAUCAAUCAAUAGGCUACAGAGACGAAGGAGAAGACGGUAAAGAAUUAGGUUUGGUUGAAGGGGAGUACAUAACAGAAGACUGUUCAGUUUUAGAUUCACCACAAAGCAGGAAGGAUUACGCACUGACAGAAGACAAAAAGCAUCAGGAAGAGGUACAGAGGAAUCUGCAAACAAUAUAUAAUGUAGCUGAAGUUAUGAGGCAAGCAAAAGAUCAGCCCAUCUUUAAAGUACCCAAGGUGAACGUUUCCAGUGUCCUGUCCAGCCAUUUCAAUGUAAGCACUGAGUCUUCAGCAACUUCUCUUUUGUCCUUUCGAUCAAAUAACCAUUUACCUGUUGGUAUUAAAAGAAAAGAAAUGCAGUCGAGUCCCUUCAAAGCACCCAUUUCUAAGAAGCAGUCAUUCACUAUAUAUUCAGACAAAAACUCAUCACCUAAUUGUUCCUUACCCGCAGUCGUAAAAACAGAUUCGAGAGUUAUUCCUUCAGCAUACCAUUCAUACCCAGCACAGUGUAAAUUAAUUGGUAAGAAAAUUACCCCUCCGCUGUGUGGAUGUGGUCGCAGAGCUAAGCGACUUACUGUGUCAAAAGCAGGACCAAACCAUGGGAAAGCUUUCUACUCCUGUGCAAUGGGGAAAAGAAAUCCUGACAAUAGCAAGGGCUGUGGGUACUUUAAGUGGGAAUGGGCAUUGAAGAAAGAGAAAGCUUCUUCAGUUUCAUUUGCAAAUAAUUUUAGUGCAGGUUCAUCUGGAGCCUUUCCUUCUUCCCAAAGGAAACAUCUAGGCCUCCGAUUUUCUUUCCGGAAUUGACAACGUGUCUGGAUUUAUUUGUAUUUAAUGUAGUUUAUAAAGCAACAAAUUAUUCAGUAUUUCAGAGAAGUUGAAGUAGAAUAGUGUGCUAUAAUAUUUUUGAAGAGUGCUUAACUUUCUUGAUUAGGCUUCUUUUCCUUCUGUAUACAAGUUUUAAGCAUUCAUGUACAGAAUCUUUGUAGAAGAUUUCCAUCAAGUUUCUUUUGGAUGUAGUUUUGGAUCUGGUGCUAAGAUUUAUUCCAUGAGCACUAGUUUUGCAUUGAUCUGCAAAGGUGAUCUGCAGGGAAAAGGUAAUAGGUUUGGAGUGGGAUGGAAAUUGUGAUUGGGCCCAGCACUCUCAUGGUUAAUAUGUUUAUACUGUUAGUGUGUGUCUAUAUAAUCUCCUCACUUAAUUUACUCUUAUCACCUUUUCAACAAUUUUUAGCAUCUUACUACUCUACAACUAAAGAUAUUACUGAAAAGUUAGUUUCAAUCAUGAAUCACUAGUGAUUUUUUAAAGUCAACAGUAUAUGGAGAAGCAUCAUUGUAAACAUUUUUGAAAUUCUGUUUUGUGUUUUAUUGGUUGAAUAAUGUUCCUAAUGGGGAAGUGGCUUUGGAAAUCAAAAUGCUUGUGCAAACACAUUGUGGCUUAUACUUCCAACUUGAUGACCAAGUCCUUGCUCGUUGUUUAGCUAAAUAUCAGCUUUCUUUAAAAAGGAAAAUAUUAUUCAACAAUGUGUCUAGUUCCAUGAUUGUCUCACUUAACUGUUUUAAAAUGUUUUAAUUAUAUUUUUAUACUCUUAUUUUUAAGUUCCUUAUAAAGUAACUGCGUUGUAAAAAUGUCAAGUACUUGGGGAUGUUAGGGCAUGAGAUGCUUUGUAAGUGCAUCUAUAAUAAAGGACUUCUCAAUUACAUAGGUACCUUUAGUGAAAGUUUUUAGAUGAGUUUGUUUCACAAGUGAAGAGCUGUAGAGCUCUGCUCAUAUGUGGGAAUGCAGACUUGGCUGAAUCGACAAGGGUAGCAUGUUGCUUAAUGUACAGACUCCCGAAACCACAGAGAGAGAAUUGGGCAUGCAACUUCAUGGAGUUGGUCAUUUAUUCAGCUGGAUAGUGAUGUUAUAUGUCUGACUGCCUUUAAAAGAGGGUCUUCUUGGUCAGAAAAUUAGAAAUUUUAAAAAGAAAACUAGAUGUCCUGUCAUAAAAAGAUAAAUAUGGGAAAGUAGCUAUUUGCAGUAGAAAUCUUAGUGGAGAAGAUUCCACUGGAUAAAUUCAGACUUCCUAUAGAUGUCCAUUCAGCUUAAGUUGUACAUUUUUAUUUCAGCAUGCCUACUUUUCCCUUUUACAAAAGAGACUCCCAGUUGUGUUGUCUGACGGCAGAGAAGUGGGACAGUGAAGAGAAAACAUUCUUUUGAUACCUUGUCAGUUGACACUGAUAUAGUGUUUUGGUUUGGUACUGAUUAUUAUGGUAUUUAUUAAUGAACAUUGCAUCAACUGAUUACAUCUUGCUUUGCCACAUUGACAUUCAACUACGUUGUGGAACCUGGUACAUGUGUCUGACCAGAUAGAGGUGGUAGGGCUACUUGCCUUGAUACAUGCCAAUGAUCCACUUUGGGAUUUUAUGACAAUAGAGGUCCCUGAGGCUGUGCAUUAGGAGCACCUAUCAGCCACCUUUCAGUCCACAGUUGUGCAAGAGUCCGCAUUUCCCCACUAUGGUCGCAUUAGCUACUUAAUAACCCAAAAAAACUGGAGUGUAAGGAAGUCAUCCUUGGUCCCAAGAGACUGCUUAACA